CCGACUUGAGUUUAUCUUGCUGGUCAGGUGCGGAUGUGCAGGUGGACGGCAAGAGCACGAAGUGUCGUGUUGAACUCACCGGCAUAAGGUACCUUGCUUUACGGACGGCCUCCUUGCCGAACUGUCUUCUGACUUGGACGCACUCGAGUAGCUGCUUCGGGAGCUACGGGGAAUGAGCGAUGCUUACCUCAGCCCUAGGGGCUUGCCCCUAGUUGUGUGCAUCUCUUUUGUCUCUGUGACCCUGAUUGGGGUCCGGCCUUAAUGUUCCUACCUCUGCUUCACCUGUGAUAGUUCUGGCCCGGCUAGCUAUACGCUCUAGACAAGUUGGGCAGCAGUUUUCGUAAAUCUCACUGACUGGCGCCUAAAGUCUAUUUUGUUUCAAUCCAUAGUUUUUUUGAGUGCAGCUGGAGAAGUUCAAGAACAGUUGGAAUCAUGCCUCGGCUUCACAUGGCGAUGGUUGUUUCUGUGCGUCUUGCCCAAAGCUUUUUUCGAAUUCACACAUUCACCGAGUCGCGCUUUCACUUUCCGACCAAGACCUUCAUGUGUCACGUCGUCUACAGGCAGGCAGGAAAGGGAGUACAAACAGGAAUCACCGCCCACCCUUUGGGCCAGUCCAGGAGCAAGCGAAGCAAAAGGGAGAAAGGCCAAGAACGCAAACAAUCUUCUUUAUCCACAAAAGCAAGGACUCGAAGUGCCGCGCUUCUUGUUUCUCCUCUUUUAUCCACAACGAGCCCCACGGCGACCGUUCGCUGUGUGCUUGACACUUUUCCCUUGGAGGCCAUGGCAGUCUGGAUUGAUACCUUGCCUCGCAUUCCUUAUCAUGUCAAUGCAAUGCGGGAUGCGGAAGGGAGACAUUUCUUCUCCCAACGACCGAAAGCUGAAGUAGCCGGGUUGGCUGCUCUGCCCCGGUCUGCUCUGGUGCUUAGUUGACCGUGUCAGAGUUAUCUGAUUUAUCUAGAGGUGGCCUGGCCAGCUAAUAGCAGCUGCUGUCCAUAAAGUGCAGGCAAGCGGUGUUGCUUUGCCCGCACCUGCGUCCAGAUUCUGGUAUAUGGGUCCACUCCACGUCCUUUCUUUAUAGGCUGAUCAGAGUUCAUU